AUGAGGUUUUUGGACGCCUACAGUGGCUUUCAUCAGAUCCCCAUGUUCAUCCUUGAUCAAGAGGCAACUACAUUCAUUAAUCCAACGGACACCUACUGCUACAAGGUGAUUCCCUUCGGCUUGAAGAACGUUGAUGAGGCCCUUUUUCCAGCUUCUAAGGAAGAAGGCCAGCUUCGCGUGGAAAGACCAGUGCUCCAAAGCACUUACAGAACUAAAGAAGUAUCUUUCUUCCCCUCCUCUUCUGUCCACUCCAAUCCCCAACUCUUUCUCUACUUGGCUGUCUCUGAUCCUGCUGUAAGUGCAGUCCUGAUCAGAGAAGAGUGGAAGGAACAAAAGACAGUGUACUACGUUAGCAAGACCCUACUAGAUGUCGAAUUCAGAUACAUGCCACUGGAGAACUUGGCAUACGCUCUACUGAUCACUUCUAGGAAGCUUGCUCACUACUUCCAAGGGCACACCAUCAAUGUCCUUGCUGAGUAUCCUCUCAAGUCAGUGUUCAACUGA